AUCAAUCCCAUAAGUCAGGGGUAAAAUCCCAGAGAAGCCAUGGGUGCACUUGGCAUCACCAUCGCCCUGUUGGUGUGGGUGGUCACCCUCCUGCUUAUAUCCAUCUGGAAGCAACUCUACAGCAGCUGGAAUCUACCCCCUGGACCUUUCCCACUUCCUAUUAUUGGGAAUCUUUUACAGUUGGAUAUCAAGGAUAUUCCGAAGUCCUUCACCAGGCUGGCCAAGCGCUAUGGGCCUGUGUUCACACUGUACCUGGGCUCACGGCGCACAGUGAUCCUACAUGGCUACAAGGCGGUGAAGGAAGUGCUGCUGACCCACAAGAAUGAAUUCUCUGGCCGAGGCGAAAUCCCCGUGUUCCAAGAAUACAAGGACAAAGGAAUUAUUUUCAAUAACGGACCCACCUGGAAGGAUGUCCGGCGGUUCUCCCUGAGCAUACUCCGAGACUACGGGAUGGGAAAACAGGGCAACGAGGCACGGAUCCAGAGGGAGGCCCAGUUCCUGGUGCAGGAGCUCAGGAACACCCAGGGCCGGCCUUUUGACCCGACCUUUCUCCUCGGCUGUGCUCCCUGCAAUGUCAUUUCUGACAUCCUCUUCCACAGGCGUUUUGACUACAAGGACAAGACAAUUCUGAGGCUCAUGAGCUUGUUCAAUGAGAACUUUUACCUACUCAGUACUCCCUGGCUACAGCUUUACAAUAAUUUUUCAAACUACCUACGCUACAUGCCUGGAAGCCAUAGAAAAAUAAUGAAAAAUGCAUCUGAAAUAAAAGUUUAUGCAUUAGAAAGAGCUAAGGAACAUCUUCAGUCACUGGACCCCAGCUGCCCCCGGGAUGUCACUGACUGCCUGCUCAUAGAAAUGGAGAAGGAAAAACACAGAGAAAAGCCUCCUAUGUACACAAUGGAAAAUAUUUCUGUCACCUUGGCCGACUUGUUCUUUGCGGGAACGGAGACUACCAGCACCACUCUGAGAUAUGGCCUUCUGAUUCUCAUGAAGUACCCAGAAGUUGAAGAAAAACUUCAUGAAGAAAUUGACAGGGUUAUUGGGCCAACACGCAUCCCAGCUAUCAAGGACAGGCUAGAGAUGCCCUACAUGGAUGCUGUAGUACAUGAGAUUCAGCGAUUCAUCAACCUUGUGCCCUCCAACCUGCCCCAUGAAGCAACCCAAGACACCAUGUUCCGAGGAUACCUCAUCCCCAAGGGCACAGUUGUCAUUCCGACUCUGGACUCCCUGUUGUAUGACAGCCAAGAAUUCCCAGAUCCAGAGCAGUUCAAACCAGAGCACUUUCUAAAUGAAAAUGGCAAGUUCAAGUACAGUGACUACUUCAAGGCAUUUUCUGCAGGAAAACGGGUGUGUGUUGGAGAAGGCCUGGCCCGCAUGGAAUUGUUUCUGCUUUUGACUGCCAUUCUACAGAAUUUUAAUCUGAAGUCUCUCGUUGAGCCAAAGGAUAUCGAUCUUAAACCUAUCACAAUUGGCUUUGGCUGCGUUCCACCACACUACAAACUCUGCGUCAUUCCCCGCUCAUAAGUGUAAGGAAAACACAUUGGGAAACACCUGUCUCCUGAGUGCAGCCUGUGACAGCCUCCCAGGGCCCAGAAAGAUGCUCCCCAGUCAGUGAGGACCAGCAGACAGGCUUUCUAGAGUCAAUCUUCAGACAACUUGAAGUAAAAUUCGAAGAUUUAUUAAACUAAUUAAACUGUGAGUCUGUUCAAGGCUGUAUAUAAGCCUGGAAAACAAUGGUAAUUAAGAAUCUCACUGUGAAUUCAGCUGUGCUCUUCUGAAGAAGUAGGAAUGUUUACUCAUCACAGUCAGUAUCUACAAAGGACAGAUAAAAAGGAGUGAGAGUACUAUAGAUACGGUAGGAUUUAUUAGCCAGGUCAAAAGCAGUUCCAUUCCCAUCUUGCCUUAGGAUGUAAAGUUGUUUCUUGGUGUCACUAUGAGCAUCAGUCUUAUGGUAUUUAUCUUAUGGUAAAAUAUGUAUAUAGCAAGUCAACACAUCUAUUAUUAUCUCUUAAUAUUAAAAUGUGACAUUGUAUCUGGAAAAAAAUUUUAUGCAUAGAAAUGUUCUUGGGUGGGAUGAAAAAAAAUUAACAAAACACAAAAUUUCAGUGGAUUAAAUGUCAAUAUAGUGAAAUGGAAGAGAAUUUAAUACAAAGAACCCUAUCCCCCUUGGCUCACAUGUGCCAGUGAGCCCUUACUAUGUGUACCACUGUGACUCAUUUUCUCCUUUGUCCUAUAGAGAUGACAGCAGCCCCUUCCCACUACACGUACUGCCCAGAACACUGUGCAUUCUGUAUAAAUGUUUCUCAAUAAAAUGUGUGAUGUUUCAAGCCAGAAGCUCAAAA